AUGUCAUACGAACAUCCCUCGGUGUACAUCGCCACGUACUCGAAUAUAGAAGUGUACGAGUGUUCGGUCAAUGAGAUGCCCAUCAUGAGACGGUGCAAGGACAACUGGGUCAAUGCCACGCAGAUUCUCAAGUUGUGUAAUUUUCCCAAAGCCAAACGAACAAAAAUCCUUGAAAAGGGUGUCCAGCAGGGUCAGCACGAGAAAGUCCAGGGCGGGUACGGAAGGUUCCAGGGGACGUGGAUCCCUUUACCUGAGGCGAGAAAUCUCGCUAACGAAUACGGCAUCACUUCAGAUAUGGUGCCGGUGUUGUACAUUGACCCAUCUGAUACUUCUGUGAUUAUCCCAAAAAAGAAACCCCCCGUGUCGUCGUCGUCGUCUGCCGUAAACAAGGACGGCACGCCCGUAAAGCGGAAAUACGUGAAGAAGAACAAAAAGAACGACACUCCAAAAAAAUUGCGUCUCAGCAAUUCCAAUUUACCCCCACAAGCCGUGUUUACCCAAGACGGCUCCUCUCAUUCUCUUCCUAGAGACGGCAAUGCUCACAUGAACCAGUCGCCGAUUGGAAGUCAACAUGGCUUCAACAACCAAGCGCAGAUGCCGAUGCAAGGCAUGCCUCCGACAUUUCAAUCUCAGGAGUUCGUUGGGAAUGGCAACUUUUCCAACUCUCAGAGGGUCAACAUGAACGGCUUCAAUGGUCAGCAGAGCAACUUUGGCGCCUUUCCAAACCAGAUGCAAGGGUAUAACCAGUAUUCGGCGCGUCAGAUGGGCUCUUUGCAAGAUGACGGCCUUCUGCAGCAGCAACAACAGCAACAAUUGCUUUAUCAGCAGCACCAGAAAGGCACCCUGUCACAAUCCACGAAUGACGCCAACUGGUCGCAGGAGGAACAUCAGAGGGACUCUGACACGUCGAUAUCUUCUGUGGAUGGCCACCAUCAUCAGAAAAUUAACGAAGACGAUACUUUUGCUGCGCAAUUGUUGCGCUUCUUCAGCGAAGAUAAUACUCCAAUACCAACUUUCCUAUACAACCCACCUCCAGAAUUCAACAUAAAUGAGGCCAUUGACGAUGAGGGACACACUGCAUUGCACUGGGCAGCCUCCAUUGGUAAUUGCAAUCUUGUGCAAUUAUUACUCUCCAAAGGCGCCAACGCUUUGGUUGUGAACAAUCACGGUCUCAACCCACUUUCAAAGUGUAUCUCUUUCAACAAUUGUCACGAGCUAAGAAAUUUUCCACAAAUGUUGGACGCUCUCGAAGUUUGCCUCAUUCACACAGACAUUAAUGGCCGUACGCCAUUGCACUAUCUUUGUCAAUUUUCUAGGGUGACUUCUAAAGUGCCGUCCUUGAUCCACUACCUUGAACAGAUCUUCAACAAGUUGACCAUAAUGACCACUAAAAACGGCGGAUCAGGUGUCAACUUGUUGAGGAAUGUCAUUGAUCAUCAAGAUGUGAACGGUGAUACCUGCCUUCAUCUUGCUGCUUGGGCAGGAUGUACACAUUUCGUGAAAUUUUUACUUAGCAAUGGUGCCAGAGAUGAUUUGGUGAAUGUAAAUAACGAGGCAUCCAAGAGCAUUAUCAUGCAACAGGGCCUCGUCAUUUAUAAUGUAGGCAUCCUGCAAGAUCAAAGUGGCAUGCAGCAAUUCUACCCUUCUUCUGGUUUGGAAGUUGCAGACAAGAGAGUAAAUCAACAAGCAGGGCUCGGUACCCCUAUUCAACCAUUCAACAACAGACGAUUAGAGACACCAGACACUCAAAGAACAACAAUUCAGGAUGACGAGGAAGAGGAACUUAAUGAUCGCGUUAGUAAAGAACACUUACGGAUGCUCAUGGAGGGACAGGCUGGUACUGUCGAGGAGAACAAAGAGAAUGUGUUUAUUGAUGAUGCAUCAAAGGUCGCUUACGAGGCAAUGUCAACACCCAAGCAGAAUGGCCCGAGCCCACAUUCCGCGAACAAGCAAGGCGUUUUGGGUGUGAUUUCGGAAGCUACGGUCGAGAACUCUCCACUUCCAAAAGCCUCCCCAGGAAAAGCAGUAAUUCGCACCUCGGCCUUGGAGGUUAAGCUGGAUAAGAGUGGGAACGAUGAUCCCGAUGUCAAGCCUCCGAUCAACGAUACUUCCAAGAUGAUGCUUGGAAUGGUCACACUCCUCACCGAUUCCUAUCAUGAGGAGAUCAGUGGGUUGAACAAAGAUAAAAAGAAAUUAGUGAACCAGAUACAAUCCAAGAACGAAGCGGAUCAGGCAGGCCUCACUAAGAUCAAAUCAUUCAUGAGUAAAAAUGGCUUUGAGAAUGUCAACAGUUACGAUGAUGCGUACCAGCUCGUGGUCAACGAGUUGGAUUGUCACAAACAAGAUAUCAAGACUAAGGAACAGCAGCUCCUAUGUCUGAUAGAGAAAGUGCAGGCUUUUGAAUUGGCUAAUACAGUUCACGAAAAAGAGAAAGAAAUUAGGUCUCCUACAUCAGACACUGAGGACUCCAGUGACUGCUGGCAGCUAGCGAUGGAGCUUAGUCAUGAACAGCUCAGGCGCAACAAUUUAGUAAACCAAGUGGCUCAGGGAGUCAAGCAAUGGGCCAUCAACCCAAAGAUGAACAAAUACCGCAAGCUUAUCAGUCUUAGCUGCGGGCUUCGAGUUGAAGACAUUGACGGACUUAUUGAUGGAAUCGAGAAGUCUUUAAUGGAAGGAACUAUGUAA